ACAACAACAAAAACAUCAACAAGGAUAAUGACGGCCGAAUGACGUUAUCACCCACUCAUCGCCGCCGCCGCGUUAUCAUCGUAGCGUUUUGACCCGCCAUUCGACGACGACGACGAACAGUCAAACUAACUACUCCGCAGUACGAUAUUCUCUCGUCCGGACGACAGCGCGCCAACCGCCACUCGCCAGUCGGCGUCCAACGUUACUCAUAAUAUUGGUAUCCUGUAUUCCUGUAUCCCGUGCACGAGCGCCAAGCACCCGCCACCGCCGCCGCAAUGAUGUCCUGCGACUACGGUUAUUAGUUAGCUGCCGUCUGUUUGUUUGCCUACGCCCUACAUCGGAGACGACGCCGCUGACGCAAUUGUGUACCGACGGCCUGAACCGCGAUCACCAUGGCCGACGACGAGGUUGUCGCUAAAUCUGAAGAAUCUCAAUCAAUAAAUGAUAAUGAUAAAAUAGAAGAUACUGAGCCACCACCUGUUGAUGAUUUGAGUAAAGACAAAGAUUAUGAACAAGUAGAUGAAGCUGAUGAUGAAACAACAAUGGAAGAAGAAGAAGCACUUCCAGAAUUGGAGGAUCCUUUAAGAGAAAUAAGAUUUUUAGAAGAAGAAAGUAACAUGCCUAUUCAUGAACUUAUGGUUAUGUAUGGAUAUUCAAAAAAUACUUCCCCGGAAACCAGUACAAAAAAGAAAAAGAAGAAGAGUUCAUCAAAGAAAAGUAAAGAUAAAAAAAGAAAGAAGAAGCUUUCAACUUCAUCUGAUGGUGUUGCAGAGAAAAAAUCUAAAUCAAGUGAUCGACAAAGAUAUGUAGAAGAAAAUGCUGGUGAUUCAUCAAAUAAAAUGUCAGAAGAAAGAUCUAAAAAAAAUGGAAGUGUUAAGGACAAUGAAGAUUGUAAUGAUGCAUCUCAGUUAUUAAAUUUAUAUAUGGCAGAACUUGAUCAAGUGCAAAGUGAAGAUGAAGAUGAAGACUAUAGACCUUAUUGGGAACUUCAUUGGAAGAGUGUAAACGUUGGGUUAAAUUUUCAAGCUAUAGUAACAGAUGGAUUAUCGACAUAUGGUGACGUAUUACCUUAUGAAAAUAAUGAUGAACUGCUAUGGGAUCCAAAUGUAUUGGGUGAAGAUUUAAUUGAAGACUAUUUGACCAAAAUUCAGCAAAUUACUAAGGCAUUAAAGCCAAAAUCUAAAGUUGUUGGUAUUCGUGAUAAUGAAAAGGCACUUUACUUGUUAGUUCAAUGUGGUCAUGAUGUGGCUGAAGCUCUUAGAAGAAUGUCAUUAAAUGUAAUACCAAUGGAGAAAUCAUUAAGUGUCUGGUCAGAAGAUGAAACAUUGAAGUUCGAGAUGGGAUUACUGAUCAGCGGAAAAAAUUUUCAUGCCAUACAAAAAGAGGUUAAAACUAGAUCAGUAGCAGAGUUGGUUCAUUUUUACUAUUUUUGGAAAAAGAGUGAUAGACAUGAUCAAUUCGAAAGAAAACAAGUUUCAAUGCGUCCAGAAAUUAAGCAAUGGCAACAUUGGGAUUCCGAAGAAGAUCAAGAUAGUGAUUUUGAUACAAGUAUGUUUACAGAUAAUAGCCACGAUGAUAGUGAAGAUAGUUUGAACGCUGCUGAAAAUAAAGCACAAAUGAAAUGUUUAAUAUAUGCUGAUCGCAAAAGACAAGUACGAAAAAAAGCUACAAAUAAUGCUUGUAGUAACACUAAUACUAGUACUAACACUAACUAACAUUCAGUGCACCCUCAGGUACACUUAUAAGCCAUUAAAUAUUAUAUUAUAGCGAUUAUUUUGCUUCCCUUUUCCAGAUUGAGAAUUAAUAAAUCAUCAAAAAUUGUGUUAUAUCGUCAAAUUUAAUACAAUGUAAUAGUUCUCCAUGGUAACAUAAUGCCUGACACUCGGAAACCGUUUGAGAUAUCCACAGAUAAUGCAUAAUUACCUGUUCAGUUACAUUUGGAAAUAGAUACUUCAAUAAUAGUUAUCCUCAAAUAUCAAACUAACUUAAGUUUUCACCACAAUAUUUUAAUUUCAGCAAUGAUGACACAGGUUUGCAUAAAAUAUAAAGUUGAUCUUUGAGCAUUAUAUAA